UUGAAGGAGCUCUCGAGAGCCAAGCAAGGAGCUGCCGGGUCUGAGUGCGACGCGCGCCCACCUCCCGGGGAAGGAACGGCGAGGCUGGGGACCGUCGCAGGGAUGGAGCGCGGGUCGGCGGCGGUGGCGUGCACGUUGCUUCUGGCGCUCGCCGCUUGUCCGGCGCCGGCCGGUGGCCAAGGGUGUGACAGUGAUCAUUUUCGCUGUGAAAAUGGACAGUGUAUUCCAGCCGCCUGGAGAUGUGAUGGGACCAAAGACUGUUCGGAUGACUCGGAUGAAAAUGGUUGCUCUCCUGCAUCCUGCCACACAGGCUACUUCCGAUGUCAGAGUGAGGGGACAUGCAUCCCUGACACCUGGGUGUGUGACCAGGAUCAGGACUGUAACGAUGGCUCAGAUGAACGUCAUUGCUCUGAGAGGACUUGCUCAAAUAAUCAAAUGACGUGCUCCAAUGGUGAGUGUAUUCCAAGAGUGUACAGGUGCGACCACGUCACAGACUGCUCAGAUGGAAGCGACGAGAAAGACUGCCAAUACCCAACAUGUGAACAGCUUACUUGUGCCAAUGGAGCUUGCUAUAACACUUCUCAGAGAUGUGACAGUCUAGUUGAUUGCAGAGACCAUUCUGAUGAAAUGAACUGCACUAACGUCUGUUUGCAUAACGAGUUUGCAUGCAACACUGGACAAUGUAUCCCAGAGACCUAUGUCUGUGACCAUGAGGAAGAUUGUGAAGACAGCAGUGAUGAACGCGAUUGCAAUUAUCAGACCUGCAGCGGGAGCCAGUUCACUUGCUCCAGUGGCCGAUGCAUUCAUCAGAACCAGGUCUGUGAUGGCCAAGAGGACUGUAAAGACGGUGAAGAUGAAAAUGGAUGUGAAAGCAACACUUCUGGUUCAAGUAACUGCGCCCCAAGAGAAUGGGCUUGCCCAGGGUCUGGGCAAUGCAUCUCAAUUUAUAAAGUUUGUGACCGGGUUUCAGAUUGUCCGGGAGGAAAAGAUGAAAACAGUACCACUACUGGAAGUUCCUGUGAUGCAAGUAUGUGUUAUGCCUUGAACUGUGAACACCAGUGCCAUAAGUCACCACAUGGAGGAGCAUGUUUUUGUCCCCCAGGUUUUAUCAUCAACCACAUUGACAUGCGUACUUGUGUUGAGUUUGAUGAUUGCCAGAUAUGGGGAAUUUGUGACCAGAAGUGUGAAAACCAACGUGGCCAUAUCCGGUGCUUCUGUGAAGAAGGGUAUAUUUUGGAAUAUGAACGGAAUUGUAAAGCGAAUGAGUCCUCUGGCCAGGCCUCCGUUAUCUUCUCCAAUGGUCAGGACUUGCUCAUUGGUGACAUUCAUGGAACCAGCUUCCGGAACCUAGUAGAGUCCCCUCGUGGAAUGGCCGUGGGUGUGGAUUUCCACCAUCGCCUGGGCAAGGUCUUUUGGACAGACAUUGUGCGAAACAAGGUUUUUUCAGUUAACAUUAAUGGUUUACAUAUCCAAGAAGUUCUCAACGUUUCUGUUGAAACUCCAGAGAACCUGGCUGUGGACUGGGUUAAUGAUAAGCUCUACGUGGUGGAGACCAGGGUCAACCGUAUAGAUGUGGUCAAUUUGGAUGGAAGCUACCGGGUUACCCUUAUAACAGAAAACUUAGGGCGUCCUAGAGGAAUUGCCCUGGACCCAACUGUUGGUUAUUUAUUUUUCUCUGAUUGGGAGAGCCUUUCUGGGGAACCUAAGCUGGAGAGGGCUUUCAUGGAUGGCAGCAACCGUAAAGACUUGGUGAAAACGAAGCUGGGAUCUCCUGGUGGGAUAACACUGGAUUUGAUAUCUAAGCGUGUUUACUGGGUUGAUGCCCGGUUUGAUUACAUUGAAACUGUGACUUAUGACGGAAUUCAGAGGAAGACGGUCAUGCAUGGAGGCUCCCUCAUUCCUCAUCCCUUUGGAAUAAGUUUGUUUGAAAGUCAUGUGUUCUUUACUGAUUGGACAAAGAUGGCUGUGAUGAAGGCAAACAAGUUCACAGAGAACAACCCACAAGUGUACUAUAAGACUUCCCUGAACCCCUAUGGAGUGACUGUUUACCAUGCCCUCAAACAGCCCUAUGCUAGCAAUCCAUGUGAACAUGACAAUGGGGGCUGUGAACAGAUCUGUGUCCUCAGUCACAGAACAGAUAAUGAUGGUUUGGGUUACCGUUGCAAAUGCACAUUUGGCUUCCAACUGGAUGCGGAUGGUCUCCACUGUGUUGCUGUUCAGAGCUUCCUGUUGUUUUCAUCCCAGAGGACUGUUCGUGGGAUCCCGUUCAGCUUGUCUACCCAGGAAGAUGUCAUGGUUCCAGUCACAGGGAGUUCUUCUUUCUUUGUUGGGAUUGAUUUUGAUGCCCGGAACAGUACUAUCUUUUUUUCAGAUAUUUCAGAACACUCGAUUUUUGAACAAAAGAUUGAUGGCACAGGAAGAGAAAUUCUGGUACCUAACAGGGUGGAAAAUGUUGAAAGUUUGGCCUUUGAUUGGAUUUCAAGGAAUCUCUAUUGGAUUGACUCUCAUUACAAGAGUGUCAGUGUCAUGAGACUAGCUGAUAAAUCCAGACGAACAAUAGUUCCGCUAUUAAGUAACCCACGAUCAGUCGUAGUUCAUCCUGUUGCUGGGUAUAUAUUCUUCAGUGAUUGGUUCCGUCCUGCUAAAAUUAUGAGAGCAUGGAGCGAUGGAUCUCACCUUUUGCCUAUAGUAAACACUACUCUUGGAUGGCCCAAUGGCUUGGCCAUUGACUGGGAUGCUUUACGACUGUACUGGGUAGAUGCCUUUUUUGAUAAAAUCGAGCAUUGUACCUUUGAUGGUUUAGAUAGAAGAAGGCUGGGCCACAUAGAAGAGAUGACACAUCCAUUUGGAAUUACCCUCUUUAAAGAGCAUAUAUUUUUUACUGACUGGAGACUGAAGGCUAUUGUUAGAGUUAGGAAAACGGACGGUGGAGAUAGGACAGUUAUCCGAAGUGGCAUCACUUUGGCACUGCAUUUGAAGUCUUAUGAUGUCAACAUCCAGACUGGUUCUAACUCCUGUAAUAAACCCACCCAUCCCAAUGGUGAUUGCAGCCACUUUUGCUUCCCGGUACCAGCUUUGCAGCGGGUGUGUGGGUGCCCCUAUGGAAUGAAGCUAGCUGCCAAUCACUUGACGUGUGAAGGAGACCAAAGCAGUGAGCCACCCUUGGAGCCAUGUGGCGAAUUUUCCUUCAUGUGUAACAAUAGCAGAUGUCUGUCCUAUCUGUUAGUCUGUGACGGAGUCGAUGACUGUCAUGAUAAUAGUGAUGAGCGUCAUUGUAUGUCACAUAAUAACACCUGUCCACGUACGAUGUUCGCCUGCGCUCAUGGAGGAGAGUGCAUCCCAGGACGCUGGCACUGUGACAGGUACAAGGACUGUGUGGAUGGCAGUGAUGAGCAGAACUGCCCCACCCAAGGACCUGCUGUCUGCCCUGAGUCCCAGUACGCCUGUGAUAAUCACAACUGUAUCCCAAAGAGUUGGCUCUGUGACACAGAUAAUGAUUGUGGGGAUGGAUCUGAUGAGAAGAACUGCACUUCGACAGAGGUGUGCCAACCCAGUCAGUUCACUUGCCCCAACCAUCGAUGUAUUGACUUAUCUUUUGUCUGUGAUGGGGAUAAGGACUGUGCUGAUGGAUCGGAUGAGGUGGGCUGUGUAUUAAACUGCACUGCUUCUCAAUUCAAGUGUGCCAAUGAGCAUAAAUGCAUUCCUAUCACAAAUCACUGUGAUGGUGUUUUUGACUGCAGUGACAACUCUGACGAGGCAGGCUGUCCAACCAGACCUCCUGGUAUGUGCCACUCAAAUGAAUUUCAGUGCCAAGAAGAUGGUAUUUGCAUCCCUAAAACCUGGGAGUGUGAUGGGCAUCCAGACUGCCUCUCUGGGUCUGAUGAACACCAUGGCUGCGUCCCCAAGACCUGCCAUUCAUCUCAUUUCCGCUGUGACAAUGGAAACUGCAUCUCCAGGGAUUGGCUCUGCGAUGAGGACAAUGACUGCGGGGAUAUGAGUGAUGAGAAGAACUGCCCUACUCAGCCCUUUCAGUGUCCCAGGGGGAUGUGGCAGUGUCCUGGCUAUAACUUCUGUGUGAAACUGGAAUCAGUAUGUGACAACGUCUUUGAUUGCCCCAAUGGGACAGAUGAGUCCCCACUUUGCAACGAGGACCUCUGUUCACAUUUCAAUGGUGGUUGUACUCAUAGGUGUAUUCAAGACUCCUUUGGGGCUAGAUGCUUAUGUCCACCGGGAUACUUACUUGCCAAUGAUUCUAAGACCUGUGAAGACAUAAAUGAAUGUGAUACUCCAGGCUUUUGUAGCCAGCACUGUUACAAUAUGAGAGGUUCUUUCCGAUGCUCGUGUGAUAAUGACUACAUGUUAGAAGGUGACAGGAAGACUUGCAAAGUUACAGGAUCUGAAAGUCUGCUGUUACUCGUGGCGAGUCAGAACAGAAUCAUUGCUGACAAUGUUACCUCCCAGGUACACUCUAUCUACCCACUCAUUCAGGAUGGUUCUCACAUUAUAGCUGUGGAUUUUGAUUCAGUUACUGGUCGUAUCUUUUGGUCUGAUGCAAAUCAGCGUAAAACCUGGAGUGCGUUUCAAAAUGGAACAGAUAGGAGAGUCGUAUUUGAUAGUAAUGUCGUCUUGACUGAAACUAUUGCAGUAGAUUGGGUGGGUCGGAAUCUUUACUGGACAGACUAUGCUCUGGAAACAAUUGAAGUUGCUAAAAUUGAUGGCAGCCACAGGACUGUGCUGAUUAGUAAAAACGUAACAAAUCCAAGGGGACUAGCAUUAGAUCCCAGAAUGAAUGAACAUGUACUGUUCUGGUCUGACUGGGGUCAACACCCUCGUAUUGAACGAGCCAGCAUGGAUGGCACUUCGCGCACUGUCAUUAUCCAAAACAAGAUCCACUGGCCCAGUGGCUUGACCAUUGACUACCCCAACAGACUGCUCUACUUCAUGGACGCCUAUCUUGAUUAUAUAGACUUUUGUGAUUAUAAUGGGCAGCAUCGGAAGCAGGUGAUAGCCAGUGAUUUGAUUCUGCAGCGUUCCUAUGCCCUAACUCUCUUCGAGGAUUUUGUGUACUGGAGUAAUGGUGUUACUGAAAAGGUUAUGCAAGCCAACAAGUGGCACGGAGGGAACCAGUCAGUUAUAAUGUUCAAUAUCCAGCGGCCCCUGGGGAUAGUUGCGGUCCAUCCUUCAAAACAACCAAGGUCCAGGAAUCCGUGUGCCUCUGCCCAUUGCAGCCAUCUGUGCCUGCUUUCUUCACAGGGGCCUAAUUUCUACUCCUGUGUUUGUCCUUCAGGAUGGAGUCUCUCUGCCGAUUCUGUGAACUGCUUGAGAGAUGAUCAACCUUUCUUAAUAACUGUAAGAGAAAAUAUAAUUUUUGGAAUCUCCCUUAAUCCUGAUGUGAAGAGCAACGAUGCUAUGGUCCCCAUAGCAGGGGUAAAGAAUGGUUACGAUGUUGAAUUUGAUGACUCAGAGCAAUACAUCUAUUGGGCUGAGAAUCCAGGUGAAAUUCACAGAGUGAAGACAGAUGGCACUAACAGGACUGAGUUUGCUUCUCUGUCUAUGUUGGGAUCUUCUACGGGCUUGGCCUUAGACUGGAUAUCAGGAAACCUUUAUACCACCAAUCCUAUAACUCAGUCAAUCCAGGUCUCAACACUCCGAGGAGAUACCAGAUACAGAAAGACACUGAUUACCAAUGAUGGAACAGCUCUUGGAGUUGGAUUUCCGAUUGGCAUAGCUGUUGAUCCGGCCCGUGGGAAACUAUACUGGUCGGACCAAGGUACUGACAGUGGGAUUCCCGCCAAGAUCGCAAGUGCCAGCAUGGAUGGCACAUCUUUAAAGAAUCUCUUCCUUGGGAACCUUGACCACCUGGAGUCUCUCACCCUUGACAUCAAGGAGCAGAAGCUCUACUGGGCAGUGACCUCGAGGGGAGUGAUUGAAAGAGGAAAUGUGGAUGGAACAGAGCGGAUGAUCCUGGUGUACCAACUUUCCCACCCUUGGGGAGUCGCAGUCUUUGAUUCUUUCCUUUAUUAUUGUGAUGAACAGUAUGAGGCCAUCGAAAGAGUUGACAAGGAUACUGGGGCCAACAAAGUAGUCUUGAGAGACAAUAUCCCAAACCUGAGGGGCCUUCGAGUUUAUCACAGACGCAAUGCUGCUGAAUCCUCAAAUGGCUGUAGCCAGAACAGGAAUGCCUGUCAGCAGAUUUGCCUCCCUGUACCCGGAGGAACGUUCUCCUGCGCCUGUGCCACUGGAUUUCAACUCAAUCCUGAUUCUCGAACCUGCUCUCCACAUGACUCUUUCAUUGUUGUUUCAAUGCUUUUUGCAAUCAGAGGCUUUAGCUUGUCAUUAUUAGAUCAUUCAGAAGCCAUGGUGCCAGUGGCAGGCCAAGGACGGAAUGCACUGCAUGUGGAUGUUCACAUGUCUUCUGGCUUUAUUUACUGGUGUGAUUUUAGCAGCUCCGUGACAUCUUAUAAUGCAAUCCGUAGAAUUAAACCAGAUGGGUCAUCUUUGACAAACAUCGUUACAGAAGGGAUAGGAGAAAAUGGAAUACGGGGUAUUGCAGUGGAUUGGGUAGCAGGAAAUCUUUAUUUCACCAAUGCCUUUGCAUAUGAAACACUGAUAGAAGUUCUUCGGAUCAAUACUACCUACCGCCGUGUCCUCCUUAAAGCCACAGUGGAUUUGCCUAGGUAUAUUGUUGUAGACCCCAAGAACAGAUACCUAUUCUGGGCUGACUAUGGGCAGAACCCAAAGAUUGAACGUUCUUUUCUCGACUGUACCAAUAGAACUGUGCUUGUGUCAGACGGCAUUGUCUCACCACGGGGCUUGGCAAUGGAUCAUAGCAGUGGGUACAUUUAUUGGGUUGAUGAUUCUUUAGAUUUAAUUGCAAGGAUUCAUUUUGAUGGAGAAGAAACUGAAGUGAUUCGUUAUGGCAGUCGUUACCCAACUCCUUAUGGCAUCACUGUUUUUGAAAAUAGUAUCAUAUGGGUGGAUAGGAAUUUGAAAAAAGUCUUGCAAGCUAGGAAGGAACCAGGGAACACAGACCCACCAAUAGUGAUAAGGGACAAUAUCAACUGGCUGAGAGAUGUGACCAUCUUUGACGAACAUGUCCAGCCCCGGUCACCAGCAGAGGUCAACAACAACCCUUGCUUGGAAAAUAAUGGUGGGUGCUCCCAUUUCUGCUUUGCUCUACCUGGACUGCACACCCCACAAUGUGGCUGUGCUUUUGGGACUCUGGAAAGUGAUGGCAAGAGCUGCACCAUUUCUACAGAAAACUUCCUUGCUUUUGCCUUGGCUAGUUCCUUGAGAAGUUUGCACUUGGAUCCUGAAAACCAUAGCCCCCCUUUCCAGCCAAUCAAUAUGGAAAAGCCUCCCGUAGCUCUUGCCUAUGACAGCAUAAAUAACAGAAUCUACUUCACACAGAGUGUAAACUUUUUGGACGGCCAGAUUUCCUAUGUCAGCCUGUCUUCAGGGAUUCAUACCCCAACUGUCAUCACUUCAGAUAUAGGGAAUUCUGACGGCAUUGCCUAUGACUGGAUCAACAGAAGAAUUUAUUACAGUGACUACUUCAACCAGACGAUUAAUUCCAUAUCUGAAGAUGGGAGUAAACGGACUGUGAUAGCCCGUGUUCCAAAACCAAGAGCAAUUGUGUUAGAUCCUUGCCGAGGGUACUUGUACUGGGCUGACUGGGAUGUUAAUGCCAAAAUUGAGAGAGCCACGUUGGGAGGAAACUUCCGGGUGCCGAUCGUGACCAGCAAUUUGGUUUGGCCCAAAGGGCUGACUCUGGACUAUGAGGAGGACCUUCUCUACUGGGCGGACGCUAGUCUGCGACAGAUUGAACGCAGCACUCUAACAGGCACGCAGCGUGAAGUCCUUGUCAGCGCAGCUUUUCAUAUUUCCAGCUUGGCUGUUUAUGGCCAGUAUAUUUACUGGACUGACAUGUCAACAAGAAAAAUUUACCGAGCUAACAAAUAUGAUGGGUCAGGUCAGAUGGCAAUGACCCAGAAUUUGUUCUCCUUGCCUAACGGUGUGAGCAUUGUUGCGAAGAACCACCAACGACAGUGUAGCAAUCCUUGUGACCAAUUUAAUGGCGGCUGCAGCCACAUCUGUACAUCAGGUCCAAAUGGUGCCGAGUGCCAGUGUCCACAUGAGGGCAACUGGUACCUUGCCAACAACAAUAAACACUGCAUUGUGGAUAGCGGUACACGGUGUAAUGAAACCCAAUUCACCUGUGCCAGCGGGCGCUGCAUCCUGGAAGGGUGGAAAUGUGAUGGCGACAACGACUGUGGUGACAGCAGCGAUGAGGCAGAAUUUGUCUGUGCAUUUCACACCUGCUUGCCGACAGCUUUCACUUGUGCCAAUGGGCGAUGUGUCCCAUACUAUUAUCGCUGUGAUUUCUAUGAUGACUGUGCCGAUGGCAGUGAUGAGGCAGGGUGCCUGUUCAGGGACUGUAAUGCCACUACAGAAUUUACUUGCAAUAAUAGAAGGUGCAUACCUCGUGAGUUUGUCUGCGAUGGUAGAGACAACUGCCAUGAUAACAACACCUCAGAUGAGAGAAACUGCCCUGAUCGCACUUGCCAAUCUGGAUACACAAAAUGCCAGAAUACAAAUAUUUGUAUUCCUCGUCUUUACUUGUGUGAUGGAGACAAUGACUGUGGAGAUAUGAGUGAUGAAAACCCUACUUAUUGCACCAUUAACACAUGCGGCAGCAGUGAAUUCCGGUGCUCAUCUGGGCGCUGUAUUCCUCAACGUUGGUAUUGUGAUCAAGAAGACGACUGUGCUGAUGGUUCCGAUGAGCCUGCCUCUUGUGAGCACCCUGAGCGAACAUGCCCAAGUGAUGAGUUCAAGUGUGAUAAUGGUAGAUGCAUCUCAAGAAAUUGGGUCUGCGAUAGUGACAAUGACUGUGGGGACAUGAGUGAUGAGGAUGAAAGGCACCAAUGUGAGAAUCGUAACUGCACAAGUUACGAGUUUUGGUGUGUGAAUAGCAAUCCUACAGACAGGAAAUGCAUCCCCCAGACCUGGGUCUGUGAUGGUGACCCGGACUGCGUUGAUGGCUACGAUGAGCGUCAGAACUGCACCCAGAGUUCCUGCUCUGAAAAUGAGUUUGCCUGCAGUUACGGACUGUGUAUCUCCAGCUCCUUCAGGUGUGACCGGCACAACGACUGUGGUGACUACAGCGAUGAGAGGGACUGUUUGUACCAGACCUGCCAAGAACAUCAGUUCACCUGUCAGAAUGGGCGCUGCAUUUAUCGGGACUUUGUCUGUGAUGAGGAAAAUGACUGUGGGGAUGGAUCUGAUGAGCUGGACCACCUGUGCCACACCCAUGAAGCCACAUGCCCCCCUGAUUAUUUCCGAUGCAACAACGGGCACUGCAUUGAGAUGGAGAAACUCUGCAACCACUAUGAUGACUGUUCUGACAACAGUGAUGAGAAAGGCUGUGGCAUUAACGAAUGCAGUGAUCCUUCAAUCAGCGGUUGCGAUCACAAUUGCACAGACACCACCGUCAGUUUCUAUUGUUCCUGUCUUCCUGGUUACAAGCUGAUGCCUGACAAGCGCACUUGUGUUGAUAUUGAUGAAUGCAAGGAGAGGCCCUUUGUCUGUAGCCAGAGGUGUGAGAAUGAAAUAGGCUCCUACAUCUGUAAGUGUGGCCCAGGCUACAUCCGAGAACCAGAUGGAAAGACCUGCCGGCAGACCAGUAACAUCGAGCCCUAUCUCAUUUUUAGUAACCGUUACUAUUUGAGAAAUCUAACUGUAGAUGGCUCCUUUUACUCCCUCAUUCUGCAAGGACUGGGCAAUGCUGUGGCUCUAGAUUUUGACAGAGUAGAAGAGAGAUUGUACUGGAUUGAUGAAGAGAAGGGAGUCAUUGAGAGAAUGUUUCUGAAUAAGACGGACAGGGAGACAGUCAUAAGCUACAAACUACUAAGCCCACAAGGUCUGGCUGUGGACUGGGUUUCCAGAAAGCUCUACUGGUUGGAUUCCAUUCUGAAAGGCCUCUUUGUCUCUGACCUCAAUGGUGAACGCCGCCGGAAAUUGGCCCAGCACUGCGUGGAUUUCAACAACACCUUCUGCUUUGAUCAUCCCAGAGGAAUUGUUCUUCACCCUCAAUAUGGCUACGUCUACUGGACAGACUGGACUCACCCUGCAUACAUUGGGAGAGUAGGCAUGGAUGGGACCAAUAAGUCUCUGAUUAUCUCCACCAAGAUAAUGCGGCCCAAUGGCAUUACCAUCGAUUACACCAAUGAUCUACUGUACUGGACAGAUUCCCACCUGGGUUAUAUCGAGUACUCGGAUUUAGAGGGCCAUAAUCGACACCCAGUGUAUGAUCAGACACUGCCUUACCCCUUUGCUGUUACCAUUUUUGAAGAUACUAUUUACUGGACAGAUUGGAAUACGAGGACAGUUGAAAAGGGAAACAAAUAUGAUGGAUCACAUAGGGUGGUGCUGGUGAACACAACACACAGACCAUUUGACAUCCACGUGUACCAUCCGUACAGGCAACCGAACAUGGACGAUCCAUGUGGUACCGACAAUGGUGGCUGUUCUCAUCUAUGCCUCAUCAAAGAAGGGGGGAAAGGAUUUACCUGCGAGUGUCCAGAUGACUUCAACACUGUGUUUUGGCAUGGCCAAACAUACUGCUUUCCCGCGUGCUCCAGCACUCAGUUCCUGUGCGCUAAUGAGGAAAAGUGUAUUCCUAUCUGGUGGAAAUGUGAUGGACAGAGAGACUGCUCGGAUGGCUCUGAUGAAUCGGCCCUUUGCCCGCAGCGCUUCUGCCGACUAGGACAGUUCCAGUGCAAGGAUGGCAACUGCACCAGCCCCCAGACCCUGUGCAAUGCCAACCCAGAUUGCCCUGAUGGCUCUGAUGAAGUCUCUUCUCUUUGUGAGAAUCACAAGUGUGAGUCCAAUGAAUGGCAGUGUGCCAACAAACGUUGCAUCCCAGAACACUGGCAGUGUGACACAUUGAACGACUGUGGGGAUAACUCAGAUGAAGACAGUUCCCACUGUGCCAGCAGGACGUGCAAGCCAGGCCAGUUUAAAUGUGACAACGGCCGCUGUAUCCCUCAGUCCUGGAAGUGUGAUGUAGAUAAUGACUGCGGAGAUUACUCAGAUGAGCCCGUUCAGGAAUGCUUGACCCCUGCCUAUCGCUGCAACAACCUUACGGAAUUCAGCUGUAAAACAAAUUACCGCUGCAUCCCCAAGUUCGCUGUGUGCAAUGGUUUCAACGACUGCAGGGACAACAGUGAUGAGCAGGGCUGCGAGGAGCGGACAUGCCAUCCUUCGGGGGAUUUCCGUUGUAAAAAUCAUGUCUGCAUCCCUCUUCGCUGGAAAUGUGAUGGGGAGGACGACUGUCAAGAUAACUCAGAUGAGGAAGGCUGUGUGCCCCGAGAGUGCACAGAGAGCGAGUUUCGAUGUACCAAUCAACAAUGCAUUCCAUCUCGGUGGCUCUGUGACCAUAACGACGACUGUGGGGACAAUUCAGAUGAGCGGGACUGUGAGUUGAGGACCUGCCAUCCUGACUAUUUUCAGUGUGCAACUGGACACUGUAUACCCCAAGACUGGAAAUGUGAUGGAGCUGCUGACUGUCUUGACGCCUCUGAUGAAUCUACUUGUCCCACCCGCUAUCCCAAUGGUACAUACUGCCAGGCUAAUAUGUUUGCAUGUAAAAACCAUGUUUGUAUCCAGCCGAAUUGGAAAUGUGAUGGUGAUGACGACUGUGGUGAUGGCUCUGAUGAAGAACUUCAUCUGUGCUCGGAUGUUCCCUGUGAAUCACCAGACCGUUUCCGGUGUGACAACAAUCGCUGCAUUUAUAUCCAGAAGUUGUGCAAUGGUGUGGAUAACUGUGGAGAUGGAAGUGAUGAGAGAGAGGAGCACUGUAGAAAACCAACCCCUAAACCUUGUACAGAAAAUGAAUUUAAGUGUGACAACGGACUUUGCAUUUCACACGAUAAUGUAUGUGAUAAUAUCAAUGAUUGUGGAAACUAUUUUGAUGAAACAGGUUGCAAUUUAGGAAAAGAGAGAACAUGUGCUGAAAAGAUAUGCGAACAAAACUGUACCCAAUUAAAUGCGGGGGGAUUUAUCUGCUCCUGUAGAAGUGGGUUCAAAGUUGGUAUGGUCGACAGAAACUCCUGUGAAGACAUCAAUGAAUGUGAGGAAUUUGGGAUUUGUUCCCAGAACUGCAAAAAUACCAAAGGAAGUUAUGAGUGUGUCUGUGCUGAUGGCUUCCGGUCUGUGGGUGAGGACUUUGGGAAAAGAUGUGCAGCUGAAGGUGACUCUCCUUUGUUGCUGCUGCCUGACAAUGUUCGAAUUCGAAAAUACAAUCUCACGUCUGAGAGGUUCUCAGAAUACCUUCAAGAUGAGGAACAUAUCCAGGCUGUUGAUUAUGACUGGGAUCCUGAGGGCAUUGGCCUCAGUGUUGUGUAUUACACUGUACGAGGGCAGGGCUCUGGGUUUGGUGCUAUCAAACGUGCCUACAUCCCCAACUUUGAAUCCGGCAACAAUAAUCUUGUGCGGGAAGUUGACCUGAAACUGAAAUAUGUAAUGCAGCCAGAUGGAUUAGCUGUGGACUGGGUUGGAAGGCAUAUUUACUGGUCAGAUGUCAAGAAUCGACGAAUUGAAGUGGCUAAACUUGAUGGACGGUACAGAAAGUGGCUGGUUACCUCCUCUCUGGAUCAACCAGCUGCCAUUGCUGUGAAUCCCAAACUAGGGCUUAUGUACUGGACCGACUGGGGAAAAGAGCCUAAAAUCGAGUCUGCCUGGAUGAAUGGGGAGCAUCGCACGGUCCUGGUUUCUGAUUACCUUGGUUGGCCAACCGGCCUUACUAUUGAUUAUCUGAAUGAUGACCGGAUCUACUGGAGUGAUUUCAAGGAGGACAUCAUUGAAACCAUGAAACAUGAUGGAACUGUUAGGAGAAUUGUUUCACAUGAAGCAGUGAAGCCUUACAGUCUGGACAUCUUUGAAAACCAUUUAUACUGGAUAUCAAAGGAAAAGGGAGAAGUAUGGAAACAAAACAAAUUUGGGCAAGGAGAAAAAGAGAAAAUUCUGGUCUUGAACACUUGGCUUACUCAAGCUCGAAUCUUUCAUCAACUCAGAUAUAAUCACUCAGUGCCCAACCGGUGUAAAAACGCCUGCAGCCACCUUUGCCUGCUAAGGCCUGGAGGAUACAGCUGUGCCUGUCCCCAAGGCUCCGACUUUAUAAAGGGCAGCACCACGGAGUGUGAUGCAGCCAUCGAACUUCCUAUCACCAUGCCCCCCCCAUGCAGGUGUAUGUAUGGAGGAAAUUGCUAUUUUGAUGAGAAUGACCUCCCCAAAUGCAAGUGUCUGAGUGGCUACACUGGAAAAUACUGUGAAAUUGCAUUCUCAAAAGGCAUGCCUUCAGGAACAACAGCAGUGGCCACGCUAUUGACACUUCUCUUGAUCAUCAUAAUUGGAGCUCUGGCAGUUGUAGGAUUUUUCCACUACAGGAAGACCGGCUCUCUUUUGCCUGCUCUGCCCAAGCUGCCGAGCUUAAGUAGUCUUGUCAAACCCUCUGAAAAUGGCAAUGGAGUGACCUUCAGGUCAGGGGCAGAUUUUAAUAUGGACAUUGGAAUAUCUGGUUUGGGGCCUGAGUCUGCUAUUGACAGAUCAAUGGCAAUGAGUGAAGACUUUGUCAUGGAGGUGGGGAAGCAGCCCAUAAUAUUUGAGAACCCAAUGUAUGCAACCAAAGACAGUGCUGUCAAAGUGGUUCAGCCAACCCAGGUGACUGUAUCUAGAAAUGUGGAUAAUAUGAAUUAUGGAAGUCCCAUAAGCCCUUCUGAGAUAGUUCCAGAGAUAAAGCCGACUUCUCCGGGUGCUGAUGAAACUCAGGGGACAAAAUGGAAUAUCUUCAAACGAAAACCUAAACAAACUACCAACUUUGAAAAUCCAAUCUAUGCAGAGAUGGAGAACACGCCGAGGGAAGGCAUUGCCAUGGCCCCACCUCCAUCACCUUCUCCCCCUCCUAAGAUAUCUCCAAAAAGAGACCCAACUCCAACCUAUACUCCAACAGAAGAUACUUUUAAAGACACUGCAAAUCUCGUUAAAGAAGACUCUGAGGCAUAGCUAUGCCAGCGAUUUAGGGAAUAAUUGGAAACAUACUUUUGCACAUAUAUUUUUACAAGCAGAUGAAAGUUAACAUUUAAUACUUUAUAAAAAAAUAUAUAUUUUUCCCUGUUUGCCUAGAGUUGGAACUGUCUUGUGUGCCUUUUUUUUACUUACGCCAUUUCAUAUUUUUACAAACAAUUAUCACAAUGUACUAUAUGUAUAUCUUUGCACUGAAGCUGUCUGAAGGUAAUGCUAUAAAUAUAAAUGUACAUUUGUAAAUUUUUGGAAAGAUUAUCACAUUACUGAAUUUGCUAAGAAAAGUAUCUACUGAAUUGGUCGGUGAGCAUUACAAUAAAUGAUCUAAUGAGGAAAGGAAUGGACUCGGGGCCUUUAGCCAUGUCUAAAGAAGAGGCACCACUCAUAUUUUCUAUAAAAUUAUCCAGGAAAGGAAUCCAGGCCCCACUAUUGGGUCCAUUUUUACAUAUCAGCACUUACUAAUAUUCAAUAUUACAUGUCAACUUGAUUACUAGGUUUAUUGAUAGUGGAUAUCUAUCCACUAUGUGUUGGAUAGAUAUAUUGAUUUGACUGUAGACACCUCAGAUAGUACAGGAGGUAGAAAAAGCAGUUCAUUCUCACCUUUCUGCACAUUUGUGUUGUCUAACCAGAGUGUUCCAUUUCAUUUGUGUUCCCUCAUUAGCUGCCCAGUCAACAUUUGUGUUUGUAAUGUUGUGAGGAAAUCCCAUGUCAUUUAGUACAAGUGUCCUGUGUAGAAUUUGUAUUUAAUCAAAUUAUCUCUUUCUUUUGAUGGACCCUAGAGCAAUUUCCACCCUUACCUGGCAUCUCAGGUGGUCACCUACCCUAGUAACUGGCUCUCCUUAGUUAAGUUACUUAAACCAAAUCUGUGUCUUCAUAAACUAAGGUGCAAAACAAAUACUAGUUGAGCAAAGCCUCAACUGGAUUUUUGUUUCUAUUUGUGAAAAUAUCAUUAUAAUGAUUAUUUAUUUCCUAAGUUGAACACGAAAGGGAAAUCAUUCUUAUUGAGCCUAUUUUUAGGUCCUUGGGCUAAAUCUGUACAUUUGUAUCAGAAUGUACUGUACAGCUCAGCUCUUCUCUUGAGCAGUUGCUGUAGUCUCCACACAGGAAUCAUGGCAGGAAUAUGCAAUUUCCACAGCAAAUAGCAUUCCUGGUUCUCUGUGCUAAUAUUGCACAUUCGCUGAACAAUGAAUGAAUGAAUGGAUGGAUGAAUGAAUGAACCAUGUACUACUGAUUGUUUUAUUCCUGAGUUCUCUAAAUAUUUUUUGCUCAUAUUUUGAGUGCCUAUUGUAAUUGUUUUGAAAUGUACUUUGAUUAGAAAAUCAAUGGAAAUGAUGCUGCUGAAAAAUUUUUAAUAAAAGUGUAUUUUAUCAGA